AUGAACUUUGAUAGUUUACCCGAUCUUCUCGGGGCCAUUGAUCAACAGGCCUCGAAGAGGAGUUUUACCGAGAUCAAGGAGGCGGAAAAUUUCUUACGAGAUAUUUAUGCAGACCUUCUCAAAAAGAAUGGAUCGCAGAUAGAUAGCAACCGGUCCUUCUUAGGGCUCGGAGGAGACUCCUUGUUGGCUGUUUUUGUGAUCGCACGUUUGAGAGAAAAUGGAUUCAUGGUUGAAGUCGCAGAUAUUCUGUUAGGUGGAAGUAUUGCUCAGCUUUCGCAGAAAUUGAUUGAGCCGCCAUCGAACAAACGAAAAUUAACAAACGAAAAUAACGAGUCCAUCAUUUCGAGUACCGGGCCGGGUACCCCUUCUCUUUUCGAGCCAUUGGACGGUAGUUGUAUUGGAUCUGAAAGCGUGUUCUCAUUAUCGGAGGAGUUGGAAACUUUACUUCUUCCAACAUUGCAGCAAAUAACGACAUCUCCUUUAGAAGAUAUAGAAGCUAUCGUCCCAUGUUCACUUCUUCAAGAAAGGACACUUCUCGGGCAAGCUACCAGUCCAGUAGCUUACCAAUGCUCUUUUACUGUUCGUGUCAAGCUCCCAAUAGACUAUGACAUGCAGGCUGUCGCCGCCCUAUGGAGCAUAAUAGUAUCUCAGAGAUCUAUCUUGAGAACUGUCUUUAUCGAUAGUGUGACACGCCCGGGCCACUUUGAUCAAGUUAUACUCCGGCACAUCGAACCUAAUGUGCGAUUAAUAGAUGCCACGGGCUCAACAGACACCAUUGAUAUGGGUUCACGCCAGCCUCUCAUCCCCGAAAAGUUUAGAGCUCCUCAUUGCCUACAUAUCACGAAGAUCGCGCGGAAAGAGUUCUUUCUCAAACUUGAUAUCAGUCAUUCUUUGAUAGAUGGACAUUCUGCAGAGGUUCUGUUGAAGGAUAUGUCUUCCCUGAUGUUUGAGCAAGAAAUACGCCGCGAAAUUCUAUCAUACAAGGAUUACGUCGAAUACCUCCAAAGAGUUGAGGAGGAGGAGUUAGCGUCGCAAUAUUGGAAAAAUUACAUUCUCAAUGCACAGGAGACGCAUGUCCCAAUGCUGAAGGACCAGGAACCAAUGCAUGAUCUGCAAACACUACGAUUUACAUUUGGUAUCACCUCCAACAUAAACAAGUUCUGUGAAUUACAUAAGGUGACUAUCGCAAAUAUCUGUCAAGUUGCCUGGGGACUGGUAUUAAGAUAUUAUACGGGGCUGGAAUCCGUUUCGUUCUCUUAUGUCACCUCUACCAGAGAAGCCCCUCUGAAUGGUAUUAUGGAUGCAAUUGGUCCCUACAUUAAUACGCUUCUAUGUGCCAUGAAGCUCGAUUCACAAAAGGUCUCUGACGUCCUCAGCCGCGUGAAUCGGGAGUAUUUGCAGAAUUUAAAAUAUCAAAACGAGUUCGCAAAGAGCUUUUCUGCUCGACAACGGGGCAAUACAGUUAUGUCAUUUCGACGGAACCUGAGUCAAGAGCCCAAGGCGAUGAUGGGCCUAGAAUGCGAUAUUAUAGACACCUUCAGCCCGACAGAUUAUGAUCUAUCACUCAAUAUUCAAGCAUCACAGAACCAGUUAGAUGUCAGCAUGGAUUACUGGUCCUCAAAGAUGGAUGCACACUACGCUGAUGCUCUUUUGAAAACCUUCCGGGAGGCUAUAUACUGCGUCAUUGCUAAACCCUUUGCGGAUGUGGAAAGUUUGGACCUUUUACCUCGUGAACAUAGGUCUCGAAUCAUCGAGACAAAUGGGAUCAUUCCUGAAAGUGUACAGUCAUGCGUUCACGAACUUGUUGACCGCAAAGUGCAUGAGCAACCCCAGGCACAGGCUGUGGAUUCAUGGGACGGAACUUUGACAUAUUUCGAGUUGAAUCACCUGGCAAAGGCACUAGCAUCCCAUCUCGUGGAUCAAGGUGUACGACCAGAAGAAAUGGCUGCAGUGUGCAUGGAUAAGUCUAAAUGGGCGGUUAUCGCAAUGCUUGCGAUUCUUUACGCUGGUGGUACUGUUGUGCCUUUGGGAGUUCAGCAUCCCGUUUCACGUAUAACGGAUAUCCUGAUCGAUUCUGAGGCUAUAUUGAUCUUGGUUGAUACGCAGCAAGCCAUCAGAUUAGCAGAUGUCAAGAAACCAAAGAUUGUGGUCGACGAGAAACUUUUCCAUAGCAUUGCAGAGCUAGCCACACAGCAGCCACUACAAUCAAAAGCAGAACCUGGUAAUGCUGCUUGGGUUAUUUACACCUCGGGAAGCACAGGGCAACCGAAGGGCGUGCUGCUAGAACAUGCAGCCUUAUGUUCAAGUAUGAUUGCGCACGGGGCCGUGUUUGAUAUGGGUGCACAUGCUCGAGUUUUCCAAUUUGCGGCAUACACGUUCGAUGCAGCUAUACAAGAAAAUUUUGCAACGCUCCUACACGGAGGUUGCAUUUGCAUUCCAUCAGAGGAUGAGCGUAUGAAUAACUUGACCCAGGCAAUCAUUAGCCGUAACGCGGACUACAUCGGAUUGACGUCGAGCACGGCAUCACUGAUCCUUCCCAAUGAACUGCCCCAUGUGAAGCAGCUCGUAUUAUUUGGUGAACCUGUCAAAGCUAGUGUAGUCGAAGCAUGGCUCGGGUAUGCAAAAAUCCUGAACGGUUACGGGCCAACUGAAUGUUCGAUAUUCUCAAGUGUUAGCAAACCAUUUGAGGAUGUAAGAUCUCAAAUUUCCAAUAUUGGAUUUGUGACUAUUGGGAAUUUCUGGGUAGUGAAUUCGACUGACAUGAACCGUUUAUGCCCAAUUGGAUGUCCUGGUGAGCUGCUUAUUGAAGGUCCAUUACUUGCCCGUGGCUACGUGAACGAUCCUGUUAAGACGAACAACGCUUUCAUAAUAGACCCUACAUUUAUCGGUGAGCUGAACUUGGGAAGUGGAAGAAGAAUGUAUCGAACUGGAGACAUCGUUCAACAGAAUUCAGACGGCUCACUCACAUAUCUCGGUCGCCGGGAUACGCAGGUUAAAAUCCGUGGCCAACGCCUGGACGUUGGUGAAGUCGAAUACUGGAUUUCUAAGUUGCUCAGUGAUGUGACCACUCCUAUAGUAGAUGUUAUCAAACCAAGGAAUGAAUUGGUUGCCGUCGUUGGGUUUGCGAAGGAGUCUCCAUAUCGCUCGGGUCUACACGGAUUUCAACUGCUACCUCCCUCCGAAAUGCUGAGAGAUGCAUUUCAAAGACUACGUGAACAGUUGUUACAAAAGCUCCCAUCUUAUAUGGUACCCAACUUAUACGUUCCUUUGGCAGAUAUGCCUUUAACACUGUCCACUAAGACGGAUCGAAGGGCUGUUUUACACCUCAUCUCAUCACUCAAGUCGUCAGAAACAAGAUCAUACAUGACUGGAGCGGAUCUGAAGGCCAAUCCUAUCACCGAAAUGGAGAGGACCUUGCAGUCGCUGUGGGCUGAGGUUCUUGGGGUGAUUCCAACUGAUAUCGGUAGAAAUGAUUCGUUUCUCGAGAUUGGAGGCGAUUCAAUAUCAGCUAUUCGUAUGGUUGAUGCCGCGCAAAAGAAAUAUGGGCUAAGAAUGACCGUAGCCAAUAUCCUUCUCCAUUCUCGACUGAAAGACUUAGCCGCAUUGUUGACAAGCGAUCAGAUGGACAUGGAUACGGAAUUGGAGCAUGAUACCGCGCCCUUCGAAUUGUGGGAUUCCGGGACAGAUGAUAACCUUUUACACGAGAGAUUGGCUGAUAUUGCUUCACGGUGCAGGAUAUCGACUGGACACAUAGAAGAUGUUUACCCCUGCACUCCACUCCAAGAAGGCCUAAUGGCUAUCACAAUGCAUCAACCAACGGCAUAUGUUAGCCGCCGUAUUUUCGCCAUGUCAAAGGACAUUGAUUCAGACCGUCUGCAACAAGCUUGGCAGACAAUGAGUGAUAUCGCACCGGUAUUACGAACUCGCAUAAUUGUGGAUCAGUCAGGAAAGUCCGUCCAGGUGCUGUCCCGUGCUCCAUCAACCCUCGAAUGGCACCUAGGAUACGACCUAUCGGCGUAUAUUGAUAAAGAUCAGCGAAGAGGAAUCGUCUAUGGCGAGCCGUUGGUUCGAUUUGGCUUUAUAUCGGAGACAUCCGGUGAUCGAUAUCUUGUUUGGACAGCUCAUCAUAGCGCCUAUGAUGGGUGGAGUGCAGGCCUGAUGUAUAAGCAUGUCAGCUCCAUUUACCAUGGCCAAGAAGUACCCCAAACAGUCCCUUACACGCGGUUCCUUCGCUAUUUGUCUCAAGGUGAUGUCAACAAGACCGCAGAAUUCUGGCGUAACGAGCUAGAAGGUGAUGUUUCUGGGAAUUUCCCCCCUUUGCCAACAUCGAAUUAUCAACCCAAGCCACGCCGGCGCCUAUCAUAUGAGCUCAGGGGAUCAUCUCCCGCGUCUUUGGAUGUAGGGCGUUCCACAGUACUUCGUGCUGCUUGGUCAUUGACCAUCGCCCAAUAUAUGGGCCAAUCUGACGUGGUAUUUGCCGUGACACUAUCAGGCCGUAGCGCUCCUGUCAGAAAUAUCGCAGAGCUUAUUGCGCCCACGAUAACGACUAUUCCAGUUCGCAUAUCUAUCGAUCCAGGUAUGGGAAUACGCGACUUUCUGAUGAAACUUCAAUCAAAGGCUGUUGAUACUAUUCCAUUCGAGCACACUGGUUUACAUAAUAUCAGACAAUUGGUGCCUGAUAUAGCCGGUGCUCUAGAGAUUAACAAUAUCUUUGUCGUUCAGCCUACGUCAGAAAAGGAGCAAUCAACGGGCUUCCCUGGCUUGGUAUCUCGAGAGGAUUCGAUAUCCAUGGAUGCUUUUCAUAGUUAUCCGCUGGUAGUAGAGUGCACCCUUCCAGCAAGUCAAUCGCAGUCAGUAGUGGUAGAGGUCACAUACGACGAUGGAGUGAUUUCAGAAGCUGAAGUGGUAAGAAUCAUCCGGCAAUUCGACCAUAUCGUUAGUCAAAUCAACCAAACAGCAGCUAUGGCCAAUCAUUCAAUUUCAAGCAUCGAUAUGCUGAAUGCUUACGACUUGAAGCAACUUCGAGAGAUGAAUACACAUAUCCCGCCAGCUACAGAGGACGUUGUGCAGAAUCUUAUACUCAAAUCAAUACAGAAACGACCAAAAGCCACGGCAAUUGAGGCAUGGGAUGGUGUAUUUACCUACGAGGAACUAGACAGACAUGCAAAACGGAUGUCAAGCUACCUGAUGAGCAUUGGAGUUGUCCCUGAUAUGCUUGUGGGUAUGUGCAUGGACAAAUCCAAAUGGGCUUCUGUCGCAGUUCUUGCUGUACUUUAUGCAGGCGGUGCCGUGAUGCCACUAGGAGUUCAGCAUCCAUUACCACGAAUUGCGACAAUUCUAUCAGAUUCCUGUUGUGCUAUCAUUUUAAGUGACAAACAGCAAAGAGCCCGCCUAGAAGGUAUGACGACUCACGUUAUUGAAGUCGAACAAAUGCUUCAAUCCCCCACGGAGCCCAGUGAGCAGUCAAUAUGUACUACUGUUCGACCAGAACACGCUGGAUGGGUGAUUUAUACAUCAGGCAGUACUGGAAAUCCCAAGGGUGUUAUAUUACAGCACAAAGCUCUAUGUUCCGGAAUAAAGGGGCACAGCGCUCGCUUCAAAUUCGAUACCAGUACGCGCCAAUUCCAAUUUGGUGCCCACACAUUCGAUAUCACAAUUCAAGAAAUCUGCUCGACUUUAAUCAACGGUGGAGUUGUGUGUGUACCAUCAGAGCAUCAGCGAAUGAACGAGCUUUCCGCAACUAUUGCAGCCAUGCGAGUAAAUUUCCUCGGUUUAACAUCCACGAGUGCAUCUUUGAUAGAUCCCCGCGACACACCGACUGUGAAGACAUUGACACUAUUUGGAGAGGCUGUGAAGUCCUCUGUUGUCGAGACUUGGUUGCCGUACGCCGAGGUGAUCAACGUAUACGGACCCUCUGAGUGUACCAUCCAUUCAGUAUGUAGCCCGGCUAUCAAAGACAAAAAGGAUUCCCUGAAUAUUGGCUAUCCACUUAAUGGCGCAGUAUGGGUGGUCGACCCGACGGAUUACCAUUGCUUAUGCCCUAUUGGUGCUCCUGGUGAGCUUCUGAUUGAGGGUCCGGCCCUAGCUCGUGGAUAUUUGAACGAUCCAGAGAAGACAAAGGCGGCUUUCGUGGAGGAUGCUGCUUUUGUUGAGAAAUUUGGUUCCCCUGUUGGAGCCCGUCGAAUAUAUCGCACAGGUGAUCUUGUUCGACAAAACACUGAUGGUUCUCUCACUUAUCUUGGACGCCGGGAUACACAAGUCAAAAUACGUGGGCAACGUGUUGAUGUCGCCGAAAUCGAAUAUUGGAUAGCAAAGGCCUUGGAAGGCGAUGUUCUGACAGUGAUUGUCGAUCUCCUGGCUAGCACAAAUGAUCGAGAGAAUUUCUUGCUCAUCGCGAUGAUGGACUUUGUAGAAGGGAGCAAAUAUUUGCAACAUGAGACGCUUGAUAAUUCAGUACUUCUUUCUCCUUCUGACGUCUUCCGCAGAGAUUUCCAAAACCUGCGCGAUUUUCUAUCAACAAAGUUGCCAGCAUACAUGAUCCCAAGCACCUACGUUCCACUGCUUCAAGUCCCCAAGACCGUCACUGGCAAGACGGAUCGUCGUUCAGCUCUGGCAUUAUUGAAAGCGAUGGAUCUUUUCUUCAUAAUGCAAUACACUGGCGACCACGUUCCCAAGGAAAUGCCAACUACGACGACUGGCAAAUAUAUUCAAUUAUUAUGGGCAAAAGUCUUCAACGUUCAAACCGAAGAAAUUGGCCUGCAAGAUAGCUUCAUGCAGCUUGGUGGAGAUUCGAUUAUGGCAAUCCGGUUGGUGGAAGCUGGACGCAAGUUCAACUAUCACCUUACCGUUGCGGAUAUAUUCGAGCAUCCAAAGUUGGAAGAUAUGAUCAAGCUUGUCGAGAAUCGGAGUUUAUCAAUUCCAGAGGAUCUGUCACUUGAACCGUUUCAACUCUGGAAAAAUUCAUCAGUGAAAAACAAAGCUCUCAUUGCCGUUCAAUGCGCAGUACAUGUCGAUCAAAUCGAGGAUAUAUAUCCCUGUACCCCUUUGCAAGAAGGACUGAUGGCUAUUACGAUGCGUCAACCCAACACGUACAUAAGUCGACGUGUCUUCGAACUGGCCGGUGAAGUUGAUAUUGAUCGGUUUUGUGCUGCUUGGCAAGUCAUGUACGAUGCCGCUCAGAUACUACGAACUCGUAUUGUUAUUGAGCAGCAUGGUAGGGCGCUUCAGGUUGUGGUUAAGGAACCUAUAUCGUGGUUACAAGGUACAAACUUGGACGACUAUCUAAAAAGAGAUCGAACCGUUGGUAUUGAACCAGGAGUGCCGCUGGUGCGUUAUGGACUUGUCGAUGAUGAACAUAAAGGCAAGAGAUAUUUUAUCUGGACAGCACACCACAGUGUUUACGAUGGAUGGAGCAUGCAGCUUCUAUAUCGGGAUGUUGCUUCCAUAUAUCUCAGUGGAACCUCUCCCUAUGACAUGCCGUAUGCACGAUUCAUCCAGUAUACCAACAAUAUUGACCCUGUAUUGGCUGGCCCAUAUUGGCGCAAUCAAUUGUUCGGAGAUGAGGUGCUCGCACAAUUUCCACUUUUGCCAGCAGCCCAAUAUCAACCAAAGCCCCGACGAUCAUUACAGCAUAGAAUGCAGUCAGUUGCUGUGAAGCCUCGUCAUGAUAUCUCGGCUUCGAAUCUUAUGCGUGCUGCAUGGGCAUUGACGGUAAUGCAGUUCACAGGAGUUGACGAUGUCCUUUUUGGCGUCACACUGUCUGGUCGGACGGCUCCCGUCACAGGUAUUACCGAGAUGAUUGCUCCUACAUUGACAACUGUGCCGGUGCGCAUAAAACUAGAUCGGACAAAACCCGUUCAUUAUUUCCUUGAAUCUGUACAGCGACAGGCAGUCGAGAUGAUCCCCUAUGAGCAUACUGGUAUACAACGAAUUCGAGAACUGGUGCCAGAGCUCGCUCACCAGUUGGAAUUGAAUCACAUAUUUCUGACGCAGCGAGUUGAAGAAAGCGAGAAAAUAUUAGAUUUCCCCGGACUUGUAUCCAGAGAUGAAGAAGAAUCUGAAGCAUUCCAUAGCCAGGCUCUGAUAUUUGAAUGUAGGCUCGGAAAGGAGUCAGCGCCCCAUGCCGUUGUAGAUGUCAAGUUCGACGACGUCGUCAUUUCUGAAAUGCAAGUGUCCCGCCUGGUACGCCAGUUCGACCACAUUGUUGGGCAGCUAAGCAGUGUCGAUUCCAUCUUUCACAUCAAGGAUUUGAACAUGUUGAAUGACUUUGAUGCAAGGCUUCUCACAGAGUUGAACGGCUCUGCGAUUCCGCUUGCUAAUUCUUGUGCUCAUGAUCUGAUCAGCGGUGUAGCACAUAGCCAGCCAAACACCAUAGCAAUUGAUGCAUGGGACGGUUCUUUUACGUAUCACGAAUUGGAGACGUUGGCCCAAGCACUAGGUCAAAGACUGAGGAGUCUCGGAGUAGAGCCUGACGCUAUGGUUGGCGUGUGCAUGAACAAAUCCAAAUGGGCAGCCGUCGCGAUGCUGGCAAUUCUACAUUCAGGAGGAGGAGUCUUGCCCUUGGGGGUGCAACAUCCAUUAUCUCGAAUCAAGGACAUUCUAGUAGACACGGCUGCAUCCAUUGUCUUGACGGACCACCAACAAGCCCGACGCUUACACAAUUUGGCCUCUUCCACCAUUGUAAUCGAUGAGCUUUUAUUCCAGGAUUUGGAUGUCCCUGCUGGACAGAAAGUCCUGUCAAAUGUGAAGCCACACAAUAUCGCAUGGGUUAUUUACACCUCUGGAAGUACGGGCACUCCGAAAGGGGUCCUUCUUGAGCACAGAUCACUAUCUUCCAGUAUCCAGGGCCAUGGACCAGCAUUUGGGCUCAACAAGGAUACAAGGAUGUUCCAAUUUGCCGCUUAUACUUUUGAUGUGUCCAUUCAAGAGACUCUUUCCACAUUGAUAUAUGGCGGUUGCGUCUGUAUUCCUUCCGAAGAGCAGCGCAUGGGUGCAUUGACGGAAACGAUCAACCACUUCAAAGUGAACUUGCUAGGUUUGACAUCAAGUACAGCAUCUUUACUGCGUCCUGCCGAGAUUCCAACCGUACGGAAAUUAGUUCUCUUCGGUGAGGCAGUCAAGCCUUCUGUUGUGGAGGCAUGGAGCAGCAUUGGGGUCCUCAGCUCGUACGGCCCAUCAGAGUGUUCCAUGCAUUCCACGUGCAGUGAACCCUUGACUUCGAGACAAGAAGCGUCCAACAUUGGACGUCCAUUUUCAGGAAAUAUAUGGAUAGCUGAUCCAAAAGACUAUAACCGUCUGGUUCCUGUCGGCGCACCCGGUGAGAUCCUGAUAGAAGGAUCAUUGCUUGCUCGCGGAUACCUCAAUGAUCCAAUCAAAACUCAAGCCUCAUUUAUCACCGACCCCGAUUUUGUUCAGUAUUUAGGACUUGAACCUGGCCCGAGAAUGUAUCGGACGGGCGACAUUGCACGUCAGAAUGAAGAUGACACACAGAUAAAGGUCCGUGGUCAACGACUAGAUGUCGGAGAGGUUGAGUAUUGGAUCACCAGGCUUAACUGCAAUAUCGGUACCGCUGUGGUUGACCUAGUUUGUCCUAUCGACGCUCCCACGGAGCAGAUGCUUGUAGCUGCUAUAGACUUCAAAGGUAGCAGCCUUGUGACUGCGCUACCAGGCCCUGAAGUAUCCAUUUUACCUCCUUCAGAAGAAUAUUACGGCACAUUCAGGGAUCUUAGAGAAAGCUUGAAACAGAAACUUCCAUCAUACAUGGUUCCCACAGCAUUUGUUCCCUUAUUCAAGGUACCGUUGAACGCUUCCGGCAAAACUGAUCGUCGGGCAGUAAAAAAUUUACUCAUAGCCCGCUCCUUGCAGGAGUUGAUGUCUUACACUUCUAUGAAGUCCGCACCUCAAGAAGUAAACACCGAGGCUGAAAAGACUCUUCGCAGCCUGUGGGCGGAAGUUUUACAGAUGGACGAAAUCAUGAUUGGUAGCAAUGAUGACUUCUUCGCUCUUGGCGCAGAUUCUAUCCUUGCAAUGAGACUCAUGAGUGCCGGUAAUUCAAGAGGAAUCAAAUUGGAUAUCAAGAAUGUAUUCCGGAACCCUACCUUGGAAAAUAUGGCGCUGUCGAUGGAGCAGGAUUCUCCAACUCCUGCUACCUCUUCCGAGCACGAAAAAUUCUCCCUUGUUUCAUCGUCAGAGGUCAGGAGCUUAGUAGCAUCUUUGAACGCGCUCGGCAGCGCAGUCUCGGAAAACAAUAUCAUAGAUAUUCUGCCUGCCACUGACUCACAGGCCUUCAGUGUUGCUGGUGCUCUGACCCAGUCUCAAGUCGAAGUUCACUACUUCAAGAUCGAUGGAGAUUGUCCCUACAAUUCGGAUCAUUUACGAAGAGUCUGUUAUGAUCUAUGCAACAGUAUCGAAGCAUUCAGAACGGUUUACAUGUUUUCUGGAGAUAAACUCGUUCAACUCAUCUUGGAUACCUAUAUGAACCAGAUCCAAGUUCUGGAAGUCGAUGAGCCUCUUGAUGCUGCUACAAAUCGACUGCAUGAAAGUCAAAACGGACCUCUAAAGCUUGGUCAUAGCUUGAUAAAGGUUACAAUACUCAGCCGCAAAGGCACAAUGAAGCAUCGUAUUUUAUUCCACAUGUCUCAUGCAAUUUUUGAUGGCACAUCGUUUCCGAUCAUAUGGCAAGCUUUCCAGGGCCUAUAUGCAGGACAGUCAGCCAUACUGACCACGCCGUUUUCUCGAUAUCUGUACAGCUUCGCCUCCAACGCAACGGAGAAAUCGUUCGAUUACUGGCGUAAUCGAUUGAGAGGGUCGACUAUGCCACAGCUGAGUGCUACCCGAAGCGUGCAAGACCAGUGUCCUAGGGCAAUGCAAUUCGUUCCGGUAAAGAAACUCCCUAUUGGGAAGACAGCUAUCAGCGGCAUGACCAAUGCAAUUGUUGUCAAAGCAGCCUGGGCUUUCGUAUUGGGCCACCUUGUCAAUACAACCGAUAUCGUGUUCGGGGACACGGUCUCGGGUCGCAAUGUCCCUAAUGCUACCACAUUCGACAACGUUGUUGGCUGUUGCGCAACUCAUGUCCCUCUUAGGAUCGAUCUGCAAAGCUCACAUACGGCUAAAGAUCUUUUGAUGGUCGUUCAAGAUCAACACUUUGAUCGGAUGCCAUUCGAGGCCUUGGGUUUUAGAAGUAUCAUCAAGGACUGUACGGAGUGGCUCCCAUCUACACGCUUUACUUCCAUUGUCAAUCACAGACAUGCAAAUCCAACUUCGAUCACGCUGGGUGAGAAUAAUUAUAGUGUCGAGACUUGGAUACCAGAUGCUGGGAAGAUGGCUAACCUGUACGAUAUCGCGGUGGUCUCUGAGGAAAUUGAAGGUCAUCUUGAGCUCACAUUGGGAUGUGCUGAGGGAAUUAUGUCCUCUAUGGAAACUGAAAGCAUCCUCGACCUCCUUUGCAUGGCUGUUGGCUUUCUUUCAUCUACGCCUGAAUUGCCAUUAAACGAGCUAGAGGCUUCGUUUACUUCGACGUUCAAACUCCUUCAAGGUCCAAUCCCCCAAUUAAACACAGGCUCGUCUCAGGCGGGGCAAGUCUCUCACCUUCAUUCAGGACUGCAAGUAUCGAACAUCUUCGAGAUCUGGAAAUCCAUAUUCGGUCAGAAACGUGGUGCUGUGAAUUCCUCGCUUUCCUGUUCUCCAUUUUAUGACCUUGGAGGAGACUUGGUCGAUGCUGCACGAUUUGUAUCUACCGUGCAACAACAUGGUAUCAACAUCACUUUGGAUGACAUUCUGAACUAUCCAAGUUUGGGCAGAUUGGUGGAUUACUUGGCAUAA